CAUCGAUAUUCUCAAUUCUCAAGAACAAGCCAUUUUGAUUUACUUCCAUUACACAGUAUCUUUCUUCUUCAUCUCCAACCAGAAACUGGUUUUUUUCAAUAUGGGGAACUAUGUUUCGUGCACUUUAUCAACCCCGGGAAGCAAGAAUUUGAGAGCGAUCAAGGUGAUCUUUCCCGGCGGCGAGAUCAAGGAGCUUCGAGCUCCGAUCAGGGCGGCCGAGCUGAUGCUCGAGAAGCCGAACUUCUUCGUGGUGAACGCGCGUGCCCUUCAGAUUGGACGGCGGUUUUCCGCUCUCAGCGCUGACGAAGAGCUCGAGUUUUCCAACGUUUACGUGAUGUUCCCCAUGAAGAGGCUUAACUCUAAGGUGACCGGCGCCGACAUGGGCUCGUUGUUGCUCACGGCUAACGCUGCCGUGAAGAAGGUUAGUGGUGGGAAGGCGAGAGUCUUGCCGGAGAGUUACAGUAAUAAUAACGACAGCGUGGAGGAGAAAGAAAGUAAUGAUAUGGCGGCGCCGUCGCCGGCGGUGAAGUUGGAGUUAGAUGACAUAGAAGAAUUCUCGAGGCCGGAGUUCAUGCACAGGUUAUCUAUGUGCAGGUCGAAGAAGCCAUUGUUGGAGACAAUAACAGAAGAACCUGUUUGUUCAAGAUGAAGAUCAUCGAAUCAAAAGCUCUGAUCUCCUGAAGAAGUUGUGAUUGGGGGUGGCAUGUUCCAUGGUAAUUAUGAGGGACACGACAUCGUUUUAAGUUUCCUUUUUAUUUUAUUUUUUGGCUUUUGCCAGCUAGAAAUAUUCGUUUAAUUACCUAUUAUAGGUGUUUUUCCCACCAAUUUGGGGCAUCACUAUUGCUUUAUAAGCAAGUUUUUCCAUUUGGUGUGGGUUAGGAAAAAAAAGCUU